AAUCACCUUACUUAAUUCAUGGAGAGUCGCUAGUUGUUCUUCAAUAAACUGGAUAAUCUUUUGAAAAUGACCUCACUGCACGACCUGCCACAGGACAUUCUCUUUCACAUCCUCUCUCAACUGAUUUGUCCGCUAGUAUCUCAUGACAUCGCACGUGCUCCUCAGAGUAUAAGUGAACUUCAAGAUACUGAAGCCUACCGCCUAAGGAGUCUUACGCUUGGGACAUUUGUUUCAAAUCAUCCGUAUCUAUGUUUAGCGGCACAAUGUCGAUCUUUACGAUUCACUGUGGAAGAUUUUUGCCAGCAUCUGUUGUUGAAGCGAAUGACUCUCAAAUCAGCUCGAAUCUUGAAGCCCACCUGGCUAGACUGGAGUAAAGGUGUUGCUGAGGCAGCAGCGAAGGGAGAAUAUCCCACUGCGAAGAAUUUGCGAAGUUAUAGAAUGCAGUAUCUCAAGUGGAGUGUUGAGACCUGCUUGUUUUGCGGGAAGAGCAGCAAGAGACGCGCGAUCUUCAAUAUGCACAUGUGGUGUUGUAAGAAGUGCGAUGAUGUAGAAUUUGGUAAAAAGAUUUCGAAGACUGAGGCAACCAGAAAGUACAGAGUCAACGAGUUGCACUGGAAAUAUCCCCACAUUCUACUGCCGGAAUCUUGGUCAGCUGGACUAGAAUUCGCGUUUGCGAAUUUGCCUGUCUUUCAGGGCGCAAAAAUGUUCAAGGAAGACGACAUCGCAAGGCUAUCCGCGGAACUCAAAGCACAUCCGCCAACUCGAGAUUUAAUGUCCUCGCUUAGGCGAGAUGACCGCGCUAGAGAGGAAUUUUUGUCGAAAUAUGUUUACGGAACUUUUAAAGAUUGUGACGCGGUAAGGAUAAUGGGUAAGACUUUUGAUAGACUACUCAGCGGUGAGCUUAAACUUCCCGCCACAGAACUCACCUGGCAAAGACUACGGGACGAUGCCCGACGUUGCGAGAAAAUUUUCCGUGAUUGCGGUGCCUCUAGGAGUUUUGUAGAAGGAUUUAAGCGCUAUUUGCGCUGGUGGGAUCACCUCAUUCCUCCAGCUUUGAAGCCCUUCUUCAGGCUAGUUACUACAAAGGAAGAGCAUGGACAUAUGAAACAUCAAUAUUUUGUUCGCACGACAGACUUUUCCAAUACGUCGGCAUGUCUCAUAGACGGUCUAGCCUGGAGCAGUUUCUUAACAGUGCUUGAUUACACUAGCCUUCCUGUUUUUGUAUCCAUGCCUGCACUAGAGGCAGAUCGAGAAGCUGACAAGGACGACGACGAAGAGGAAGAGAAGGAGGGUAUUGUCGACCUGACGUCGGAUUGAUUACGUGCAUAGAAGUCAUCAAUAAUGAUUUCGAUGACUUAAUUUCAUCAUAGACGAUUUUCUAUCCAAUUGGCAUCGACUCUUAUCUGUUUUAGUUUAAGCUAUUCACGACACUUCGAAGGCAGAAGAUAUUCCAGUUUAGCAGCGUCAUAAUGUUUGACACAGACCCAUCUUGGUUACCUUUCAUACAAAUUCGAUGCCUGUUG